CACCCUGUCUUUCAGAAUUGAUAUGUCACAAAGGUGCUCUGUAUCCCAAAUGAGUCAAACACUUGCCACUGCGACAAGUCAAUCACCAGUGUCUCAGUGGCUGAAAUUGGACUGAAGGGGAAACAGCUCUGAGUGCUGAGGUAGGAGACAAGAAACUGCAUCCAUCAGAACCUCAACUGAGGGAAAGGGGGACAGUCUCCAGUGCACCUGGACGAAAGUAAGUCCAUGCCUGAGCUGAGAAGAAUCUUCAGCACUGGGAAAGCUACUGAAUCCACUUCCACCAAACACUGACGAGUGUUAAAGGAGCCUGAGCAUGGGGAGUCCAGGUUGUGAACACACAGGUUGCACCGCACACUCGCCUCUUUGCUUCUGUUACCCACAUCCUAACCUGAGGGAAGCCUGGUUGGAUGACACAGAGGACAUCAAACCGCCCCGCAGUAUGUUGGGGCUCCCUGAGCUCAGCUGGCCGGGGGUUUACCUCCCCUGCUACGACCGAUUAGUCAUGGAGGAGAACCCCUGGGUGCUGGGAGUCACACAGACCCCCGCGUCUGCCACCCCUCCCUCCAGGACUCUGGAGCCCAGCCCACCUGCACCCAGCCAAGCUCAGGAUUCCUCCUCCUCUGAAGUGGAGGACCGGGUGGAGGAGCGCUGUCUGGAGCAAGUCCAGACCAUGGUGAUGGGAGAGGUGCUGAAAGAUGUGGACACAGCCUGCAAGCUGCUCAACAUCACAGCAGAUCCAUUAGACUGGAGCUGUGUGCACGUGCAGAAGUGGCUGCUCUGGACUGAGCACCUGUAUCGGCUGCCACAGAUCAGCACAAUGUUUCACGAGCUGACUGGGAAGGAUCUGUGCUCCAUGGCAGAAGCAGACUUCAGACAACGCUCCCUGCAAUUUGGAGACAUCCUCUAUGCUCAUCUGGACAUCUGGAGAUCAACUGUAGCAAUGAAGGAGCGCUGCCCACCAGAGGAGAGCAAAUCUACAGCUGCAGAUGAUGAAUCAUGGAAAGAUGUGAUGUGCCACUACCCCAGCCAGCCCAUCCACCUGUGGCAGUUCCUUCAAGAGCUGCUCCUCAAACCACACAACUACAGCCGCUGCAUCCGCUGGCUCAACAAAGAGAAAGGAAUUUUCAAAAUAGAGGACUCGGCUCACGUGGCCCGGCUAUGGGGCAUCAGAAAGAAUCGUCCAGCUAUGAACUAUGACAAACUGAGUCGCUCUAUACGCCAGUACUACAAAAAGGGAAUCAUUCGAAAGCCCGACGUGUCCCGCAGACUGGUCUACCAGUUCGUCAAACCCGUAUGAUGAACAGGACCAGUCGUUCAGAACAGAGUGAGCUGACGGCCAACAACCCAAAGAUAUGCUGGACAUACAGAUGAUAAUAUCAAUAUAGAUAGUAGAUCAAUAUAUUUUAUUUGAAGUUUCAUGUUAAUUGUAAAGUCUGCCUAUACAGAAACGUGCAUUCCUGCCUAUGACAAUUUUCGCUUUACUUUAUAAUGGAGUUAUAUAUCUUAUUUGUUAUAUAUCUUAUAUCUUUGUUGUCUCGAGCACUCACGUUUUUAACUCUGGUGUGAUGUACGGUUUCUCAAAUGUCUUCUGUCUAUUAAAAGUUCCAAAGAAAUAUGCUUUUUUUAGAUUAGCAGAUACUUGUCUGUACACUUAGUACUGGAGGAAGUUGUCUUAACUUAGCAGAGGAUCUGGAAAUGCAGAUAUUCAAAGGAUUAAAAGGUACAUUUCA